AUGGAUUUGGAAGGAAAACAAUCCUCUGAAGAAUUUUCUUCGAAAAGAAAACCAAAACUCUCUGAUGGCGUGAUAAACCAAGGAGAUGAUGAACAUGGCAGCUCAAAUUCAUAUGCUGGUGAUGGAGAUGCUGCACCGUCUGAGGGAAGUGCAGGCGGCUCUGGUAAACGGAUGCGUAGCGGAUGGGAGCCUCAGAAUGGAGUUGAAGCAGAAACAGCAGCAGGUGAUGCAACGCCUAUGAGGAAAAAAUCAAGAUGGGCCAAUGACGACUCGAAAUUCUUGAAGAUUUUGGGGCCAAUGCAGCUUCCUGACUUCAUAAAGCCCCUCCCAAGUGAAGAUGACAAUGACCCCGAAGUUCAGACACUGAAAUUGCAGCUUUCAGAGAUAGGCAGGAAACUACAAGUUGGACAGGGGCCUGAUGAUGUGGUUGAUGGGUCCAUCUCUCCUUCUCCGGAGCCUAUAUAUGACAACCAAGGGGUCAGAAUAAACACGAGGGAAUUCAGGGUCCAUGAACUGCUUGCACGGAAAAGACUGGAAUUAAUUUCACAGUUGAUUCAGAAGAACCCUAGUUUCAAGCCUCCUGUCGCUUACAAGCCCCCAAGGCCUUGCAAGAAACUCUACAUUCCCGUAACAGAGUACCCUGACUACAAUUUUAUUGGUCUUAUAAUUGGACCACGGGGAAAUACGCAGAAAAGAAUGGAGAAAGAGACUGGGGCGAAGAUCAUUAUCCGUGGCAAGGGUUCUGUGAAGGAAAUCAAGAAUCCGAAAAACCGUGACCUGAAGUUUGAUUUCUCGGAGAGUGAAGAUCUGCAUGUCUUCAUAGAGGCAGAAACUCAGCAAUCAUUGGAUGCUGCCGUCAGUAUGGUUGAAAAGCUGCUCGUUCCUGUAGAAGGACUUAAUGAGCAUAAGCGGGCACAGCUGAGGGAGCUUGCGGAACUCAAUGGCAUCGUCAAACACGAUGGUUUCUGCAGGUUACAUGGUGGACCUGGACACGGGCAUUCAACAUCCAAAACUGACGCUAUCUGUCAUACGUCCGGUGAUUUCGGUCAUCCUUCGAUCGGCUGCCCUUUGAAACGAUCAGCAAAAAGAAACAGAAUGGCCGGCGAACAUUGUAGCUCUGUUCCUGAACAUAGUCGUCGGGGCAGCCGCGGCAGCCUGGUUUGCCAAACACGUCCGGGCCAUAGUCCUGCAGCUCCUGCUGCUGAUGUUGUUGCAUCGUGGGGAGGCAGUUCAGUGUUGGUUAAUUCUUCUGGCUAUAAUAUCUCAUCGCAGGCAUCUGGCUUUGGCUCCACUUCAAUGCCAAUCCACAAAUAUAAUGGAGUCGAUGGAGCAAAUCUGUAUGUUGGUUAUCUGCCCCGAGCAAUAGACUGUGAGCAGUUAAUGCAUCUGUUCUCUCCCUUUGGCAGGGUACUUGAAGCAAAGGUUAUCAAGGAUAGGAGAACUGGUUUAAGCAAGGGCUAUGGGUUUGUAAUGUAUGCAGAUGAGGUAACUGCAUUCUGUGCUGCCACUCAUAUGAAUGGCUACAGGCUUGAUGGAAGAUCGCUGGUCGUUAGACUUGCAGCGCGAGCACCACCAACUGGUGCGGUUGGACAUGGCUUGAGUUCAGGGGACACUGAACAAUCUACAUCCCUUUUGCUAUCCGCACCAAAUGCUGACCCCUUUGCGUGGUAUGGACCUCCUAUUAUGAAGUUGCCUUCUUCGUAUUCAAGCUGUAACAACGCCGGAAUGUUGCCAUCAUCAGGCUACGUUGGCGCUGUCGAUCCAUUCAGGCGACGGCAACUUUCUUCUUCUUACGGUGCACAUGAAAUUCCAAAUGCAUAUGCAGAGAAUGCUUGUGUGGCAUGGCGGGAGUUCAAACCUUCCUGGUGA